AUGAGGCAGGAACCCAAGAACAUAUCUUCUGACAAGGAGAAAUCGCAGAUCGGCCCCAACACAAGCUACUGGCCUGAGUCUAACUGGACAUCCCCACAGGAGUUUGUUAUCUUGGGCUUCUCUGGGUGGCCACAGGGCCUUCGUUUGCUGCUCUUUGCCCUCCUGCUGCCACUCUACCUGGCCACCCUGGCAGGGAACCUGCUCAUCCUGGGCCUAGCCCUGGCAGAGCCCAGCCUCCACACACCCAUGUACUUCUUCCUGGCCGCACUGUCCACAGUGGAGGUGGCUUACACCCUGGUCCUCACCCCACGAAUGCUGGCUGGCUUCCUCCUGCCUCCAGGAGGCCAGGCCGUGUCUCCCUCCACUUGCGCUGCCCAGAUGGGCCUUUUUGUAGCUCUGGGAGGUUCUGAGUGCCUAUUGCUGGCAGCCAUGGCCUUGGACCGCUACCUGGCCAUCUGCCACCCACUCUAUUAUCCCCAGCUCAUGACCACAGGACUCUGCUGGGGCCUCCUGGCCUCCUGCUGCGUGGGUGGCUCUGUGUUAGCCUUAGGUCUCACCACUGCCAUAUUCCGGCUGCCCUUCUGCCGAGGUGGUCUUGUCAACCAUGUCUUCUGUGACCUCCCCGCGGUGCUGGUGCUGGCCUGUGGGAACCGAGAGCUGCAAGAGCACGUGCUCCUGGCCGCCUGCCUGCUGCUGCUGGUGCUCCCGCUCAUCCUCAUCCUGAUGUCCUAUACCAGAGUGCUGGUGGUGAUCCUGGGAGUAGGGGACACAGCUGGACGCCGCAAAGCCUUCAACACAGUAGCGUCCCACCUUACCGUGGCCGUCCUCCACUACGGCUGCGCCACGGCCAUGUAUGCCAGACCCCUAAGGAGCCGCUCCUUGGAGGAGGACAAAUUGGUGUCGCUCAUCUACAUCAACCUCACACCACUGCUCUACCCAGCCAUCUACACGCUUCGCAAUCGGGACAUUCAGGGCGCCCUGCAACGGGUAGUUGGCCAUAGGAUGGGCCAAGACACAGAUCUCACCUAA